AUGAGUAACUCAGGAGCCCGGCCACAUGGCCGUCCGCCUGGAUCAACAUCUUAUACAUCUACUUCACAACCAAUAAACACCACCACUACUUCUCCUUCUUCUUCUUCUUCUUCGGCAUCUUCAUCAUCCUCUCCUUUAGAAUCUUUAGCAUCAACACCUCUUGCUUCACAGCAACAACACACACUUUUACCUUCAACUCUUAUGGCCUCCAUUCCAUUUGAUUCAAAGUAUGCACGAUCUGUUGUGCAGACACAUCUGGUAUUCCAGAAAUGGUUCACGCAGUACACUCAACUCCAUCCUUCCAGAGUUACAGACAUGUACGCAGAAGUGGCACAUAGGCGGAUUGAAAAGCUGUUUGAAGAAAUGAAUUUGACAACAAAAACAGAAACAGAAACAGUGAACCCUCAUACAACAUCAACAUCAACAUCAAGAUCAAGAUCAACAUCAACAGAACCGGCAUCGGAACCACCUAAAAAACCAACAAAAUUGGAGGACUCUAAAACAGUGAUGAGUGUCGAGGAAAGAAAGAAAAUUAUAGAAGAAUAUCAACAGAAACAAAAACAACAGCACCAGAAUCAACAAGAACAACAGAAUAUGGCUCUCAUACAAAGCAAAAGAAGUGAAGAACAGAAAGAUGAGAAACCAGAUAUUAGAGAAUUGCAGCUUAUGUUGAGAGAUAAUGAUAUACCUGAGACUAUGGAAGAAGAAGAACAUGAAGAACAUGAAGAACAUGAAGAAGAGGAAGAAGAAAUUAAUAUCAAAAAAGAGAUAAUACCAUCGACAAUGGCAAUGGUUCCAGUGGCAAAUACAGUCACUACUAUGGAAACUGUCCCUGUUUCUGUUCCUGCCAUAGAGUCACAACCUUUCAAAGCCAUUGAACCUGCAAGAAAACCAGCUUCUGAAAAAGAACUACAGAUUAAACAGGAACCAAAAGACGAUAACAUUCUUGCAAUUAUGCCCAAUUUAGAGUCUACAGUGGCGGCACCCGAACAAGAAAGGGAGGAAGAGAAUGGCACUGGAGCAUAUAACGAACAGGAUACUACCAUUGAAUCUGCAACAGCGACGCCAAAUAUAGGAGACUCUGAAUCAGAAGCUGUGGACAAAGCAAUACAUGAGAAAGAUGUCGCAGAGCAAUCUUCAGAACCCGAAUUGCAACAGGAGCAUGACAGACCUGUUUCCAGACCACGUGGUCGCCCUCGCAAAACUCAACAGCACGAUAAUGCGCCAUCAAUGGCGCUUGUGCCAGUAGCUGCUUCAAGUACUCCGGUCCUAGAGGAUAAUAGUGUGAGAGCAAUUACGCGCAAUGCGUUUAAAACAAUUUUACAACAACAUGCUGCGCAACAGCUGCAGUUGCAAAAGGAAAAAGAAAAGGAAAAGGAAAAGGAAAAGGAAAAAAAAGAAGUAAAUGGACACAAAGAAACAGAAAUGGUGGAGCAUCAGGAUAGUGUAUUGGAGCUUGAGAAUGUAAAAAACACAGCUGAUGAAGGUACAGAGUUGGAACCGCCGCAAGAGCCAUCAUUAGAACCUAUACCAGAAUCCUUGCCAGAAACUGUUCCAGUAUCAAUACCAACAACUGCACCCGUGCAAAUCCCAGUAAUACCAGCAGAUCAACCUAAUAUCACUACCGACAACAAUGACGAUACAAGUGUCCGGAUCAAAGAACCCACUACGGGCUCUCAACCACAGCCAGCAAUUGCUGAAACAGAUACUCGGCCGGUUUUGGAAUUACCUCCAUGGUUGUCGCCGAAAUCCAAGUCGACAAAGUCCGAUGACAAAAUUGCAGAAAAAAUUGCAGAAAAAACUCAAAAAAUUCAAAAAACAUACAACAUUAAUCCCCCAAUUACUCAGGUCAUUUAUUUGACUUCAAAAGUAUCGCCAUUGACACCGGAAGAACGCCACCUCUAUUAUAACCUGCCAUUACCUCCCUCACCACUUCCUUCUUCACCAGAACAAGUUACCCGCGACACAAUUACACGGCCAAUUUCAAUCAAUGAGUUUUUCGAAUAUAUAGCAUCAAUGUCGCUCGAACGCAAAAAGGCACUAAAACUGCGCCGGGCCAUUGAGUUAUCUGGACGAGACUCUUCGGGAACUAGGCCUACGUCGUACUCAUGGUUCAAGUUUACAUACCCUAAAUGUCACAUUGAUGUGGCCCUAGACCCGGCCAAAAUGUUUGCGCAUGGACGUAACCAAGAACGCCGCGAAAAGGUCGAAGCCAUACUGACAACUUUACAUGCACGCCGCUGGUCGGCGCGUCAUUCUGCUGAAGGCCGCAAUUCCAUGGCCCAAGCUUACAAAGUCCAGCGUCAGUUUGCUAAAGAUACAGGUGUGUCUUACAAACAAUUAGCAGAGGCUGCACAUCCCAUGCCACGGCUUUACAAAAACAAGCUUCCACAGGAGUUUAUCGAAAAGGAACAACAGUUGCUGGCAACUGAGACUGCUAUGGCUUUACAGAAACAAUACUUCAGAGCACAAUGGAUGCUAGAGCAAGUCAACAUACAGGUUCUUGGAGGGUCCGACGUUACGUUUAAUAAAGCUGAUGGUAACAAAACUUCAGGCAAACAAACACAGAAACAGAAACAGAAAAAUCGUGGAUUAUAUGGACGUGCACUCAUGCUACACACGGCUGGGCCUGAAGCUACCUCGUUGACUGCUCCGGGAGUUUACAGCACUUACGGGGCACGGUUUGGGAUUCAUGCGGAACUGGGAAGACCACAAUACACAGCACUCAACUAUGUGACUGCGAAGGAAAAUUAUUAUGCCCCAGGUGAAGUUUUCGAUUCAUUGACAGAGCAAGAGGCAGCCAAAGAUAACAAUGAAGACAACGCCAUUUCUUCACCAACAUCCGUCUCAGCGCUUACAAAACAUAUUAAAGAGAAUUGUCCACAUCUUUCACAAUUACCACCGAUCCACCAGUUCCCGUUUCUGCUUCGAAAUCUUCCUGAAGGUAAAGUUCGGACAGAUGCAGUAGCAGAUUGCGAGAUAAUGGCUAGCAUUCCGUUUUCAGAUGAAACUGACAAUGAAGAGCAACAAGAGGAUGAAACUGAUGAAUUGCAACCUGAAACAACAUUGACUGCUGAUGCUACUGAUGCUGCUGCAGAAGAUGAGUCGGCUGAAUUGCAGCCUGAAGAAGAGAAACAAGCUGGAUCUAAAGGUGCCGACCUGCAGGGUCCUACGAAACGCAAACGUGACAAUGCCGAAGAUACAGCCGAUAACAAGCAGACCAAACCCAAACGAAAGUAUCGCCGCCGUAAGAAAUUCUUUUACUAA